UACCACCACAGUUACAAAACAGACGGGCAGCCAUUAACGCUCUCGUGUGACAUGCUGCGCUGUUAUGCAAACACUGGAGUUGCUGCUUUCAAACUGCAGCAUUAAACACUGAGUCUCACAGGCGUGCAUCUUUUAGGAAGAAGAAAUGAAAACGAGACAGAAGUCUGCAGAUGCAUCUGAAUCAAAGGGUAAAGUGAGGAAAAGAGCCGGGGAGAACUCUGGUCCAACUCUCUCCAAAAAACUACGAGAUAGAAAACAUGGCGAAACAUCCAAACAAGGGCCUCCUGUCAAGUCUACAGGAGUCCAGAAGAGAGGAGGGUAUGGGAGCAUCCUGCACUACAUUUACAAGAACACUCUGGGACAAAGUCUUCACUCACAGAUGAGACAGUGUCUUCAGGAACCUUUUGUUCGCUCGCUGUCGUCCUAUCAUUUCCACGGUGCUACCAGCCCCUUCGACCGCAGAAUCACCUGUCUGGAGUGGCAUCCCACUCAUCUCACCAGUCUGGCUGUGGGAUCCAAGGGUGGUGACAUAUAUCUGUGGGACUUUGAGGUGCCUGCGAAGAAAACCUUUCUUCAAGGGAGCGGAGCAGGAGACUUUAUUGGAGGGAUGAAAUUUUGCCCAACAGACAAUUCCAAAGUGUAUGUGGCUUCUGGGGAGGGCACACUGACCAUGCAGAGCUUCGAGGGUCGCACACCCACCGUUCUGUCCAGAAUUCGAGACUGUGGCCACGAUCACCACAAUGUUUGUUACUGGUACUGCUGUGUCGAUGUGUCUGUAAGUCGACGGAUGCUUGUGACAGGAGACAAUGUGGGACAGCUCGUACUCCUGGGUUUGGAUGGCCAAAAGAUUUUCAGUGAAAAGCUACACAAAGCCAAAGUGACCCAUGCAGAGUUCAACCCACGUUGUGAUUGGUUGUUGGCAACGGCAUCAGUCGACCACACGGUGAAACUUUGGGACCUGAGGAACAUCAAAGACAAGAAGAGCUUCCUUCACGAGAUGCCUCAUGAAAAAGCUGUCAACUCGGCCUGUUUCAACCCAGUGGACUGCUCCAAGUUGCUCACCACAGAUCAGUACGACCAGAUCCGGAUCUACUCGUCCUCUGAUUGGUCGAAGCCUCAACAUAUCAUCCAACAUCCACACAGACAGUUUCAGCAUCUAACGCCCAUCAAGGCCGCAUGGCACCCUGUCUAUGACCUAAUAGUGGCAGGCCGCUACCCCGAUGACCGCGUUUGCCCCGGUGAUCAGAGGACCAUCGACAUCUAUAAUUCCAACACAGCAGAGCUCGUGUGUCAGCUGCAAGAUCCCACAGUCUCAGGGAUCAAAUCUAUAAACAAAUUCAGUCCAAUGGGUGACGUGAUUGGAUCUGGAAUGGGUGUGACGGUGCUGGUCUGGGAUAGAAACAAGUCAUUGAUGAGUGACAGUGACGCAGCGCAGGAGGACACCUCUACCUCGGUGGACAGUGCAAGAGGUCAGCAGAGGAGUCGGCAGCGCUCCAGCAGGGAAAGGAAAGCGCCUGCUGUGGAUGCAAAGCUCAAGAAGAAACUGGUUUCUCUGGAAGAAUUGGUGACCAAGACCGGGAGCGCGAAACAAAAACAAGCACAGAUGAGGAAGAAGUGAACUCUAUAAUAGUGUGAACCCUGUAUUGCAGAUAUUCAGGUGGACCUCAGAGAGAAGUGGGCCUUAGGUUACAAAUGUUUGAGAACCCUUGCUCUACUGCAUGGUGUUGCCAUAUAGCAACAAUUCCCUUAUCUCAAUUUUACUAAAAAGCAGUAAUAUAAAAUCCAUGUUUUAAUGUUUUGUUGUGAAAAGGGUGUCUUCUACUUUGAUAAUUGAUCACUUCACAUGAGCAGGACAUCCUGUCGGCAAUUCCUUUUUCCAUGGCCACGUGACACUGAGAAGGUCAUGAUCCGAGGGCUCCCAAAGCUUUCUAUUUGUUCAGUGUUUUUUUGUAAAACGUAUUUCUUAUUUGUUAUGGCAUAUGGCAACUAUAUGUGACUCUGUCAACCUAUUGGACUUUAAUUGACUAAGGAGAAUAGGCUACUCUGAGACCAUUGUUUUCUACUUUUUAUUACAUUUAAAAGGAAAACAAAAUGUAUUUUUAUAUAAAUUUUGUUAUUUCAGAUAUUUUGCAACUGUAAUAAAAAACAAUGUUUUAUGUAAUUCUUGCAGUAGAGGGUUCAAAAUCCACGUGUAUACCUUUUGUUUACUGUUCGUUGUGUCUCUAACUUCAGGGAUUGUUUAAAUGUUUAAAAAAUAAAUUCAGAUGUUCUUGUA